AUGAAAGGAAACAAUAUCAUCAUCAUGACCGAGGCCGGCAAGCCAGUUUUCUCCACAAACGAUUCCGAAAUGGAGGUGGGAAGACAAGCAGCUCUUUUUCAAGCCAUUCGCACGGCUGUCGAGGGAAAUAAUGAUGCAUUGGGUCUGGGAGAACUCAAAUCCAUUCAUUCUGGUAGCCUCAUGAUUGUAUUUAUGGAAGCGGGUGGGAUUACACUGGUAUCCAUGAUUGAAAAGGGUGAGGAAGAAGGGAUCGUGGAAACAGAAGCCUUUGCAAGAAUUCAGUUGGAACAUGUGUAUGCACAGCUGAUCUUUAGCAUGACAGACCAUCCCCAAAAGAUAUUGGCGCAAAAUCCAGGAUUCGAUUUAGCUACUAUGAUUACAGCCACUGAAAAGAAACUCUUGAACGGAAUAUUGAGCAAAUGCGGACCAGACGGAAAUGUUGGUCAGUUUCUCACGGGUUCGGUAGAGACAGCUUUUCCGAUUCCCCACAACUUGCGGAACCAAGCUUCAAGAGCACUACAUUCCAUCAAUGUACCCAAUACAGUGUUUGCUAUCAUGUUGGUCGGGGACAGGUUAUUGUCACUCGUCCAGAGUUCUUUCCGGCCUCACCAAUUACGAGUUUCUGAUUUGCAGUUGAUCAUCAAUGUGGUGGACCAGAACACCUCCCUAUCCUCCAGCGAACUCUGGAUUCCCAUGUGCCUACCCAGAUUCAACACAUCUGGCUUUCUUUACGCCUAUAUUCGUUGUCUGGAUGAAACGUCUCAGUUGAAACUUAUCCUGCUUUCAACCCACAACACUACGGAGCAAUUUCAACUGUUUCAUACAGCAUCGGAUCGAAUACGGAAAGAUAUGGAUAUCCCUGCGACGCAUGAUACCGUCUUGAAGAUUGAUACAUCCAGUCAGGAUACUCCAACUAGUGCAACAAAGACAGAUGUCGCCUGGUUCCUCGCCGAGUGCUCCUUUGAUGACAGUAUCGAAGAAGGGUAUGUAAGUAUUGGAAAAGCGCAAGACCAACAGCUUCUCUUGGAUGCAAUCCAAAACAGCCGCGAACCGUCGUCAUUGGAACAACUCGUGGAACGGUACGUGGGAAAAGAAGAGUACCUACUUCAAUUUGUAUUUCGCAUGGACGUGAAGGUGAGGAGUGAAUCCAAUCAACGUGGUCUGUUGUCCCAGUGUAUCAGUACACCCAUCUUGCUGGAAGACUUUCCAAAUGCCAAAUCUCGGCGGCGAGUAUACAUCAUGUAUCAAAAGCUAGGCCUAAGGCUGCGUCUUGGAUCAGCCACGGUGGAGUCCUCAAUGGACGCGUUGGAUAUGAUUGCCUUGGACGACAAGGGUGCGUCGGAUCUUUCUUCCUUUCCAACCCUUACGAGUACUUGUCCGUCCAUUGGACUUGCCGAGUCACCACCCAAUGUGCAUGGCAUAACCUACAUUGUGGAUGGAGAUGAAAUUUUCUUAGGAAUGAACGGUCGUGAUUUUGAAUUCUACAUGACCAUUCGCAACUCAGUUCCAAUAAAGAAGGCUGCUGCGAUUGGUACCAAGUUGGUACGGCGCCUCAAAGCAGACGAGAAAGAUUUAUUUCUUACAAACCCCUUGACAUGGGAUGUAAGAUGA